ACACACGUCCCUCUCGCUGCCUCCCUCACUCUCCAGCAGAGUGGAGAGAGAAGUCACUUUCCGUUGAGUCCUGCUUAGAGCCUGUUCUGCUCGCCCCCUCAGCUCCGCGAUCUUCGCCGCCGCCAUUAUUCUCAACUCUUUCUUCGUUGAUGCUAACUCACACGGCAAUUUUGCACCCAUAGCCACCACUGCGAUUUCACCAUUCUUGUUCUCCAUGUUCAUUCUGACUUCUUCAGAUCCAGAUCCAGUUCCAGAUCCGAUCCUUGUUAUCAUAUUCAAUUUGCCCUGCGAAUCUUGAUUUUCAUGUUCUUCGUGAAUAUCCUUGCAAUUAGACACAUGGACCUUGUCACUUCUCAAGCAUGGUUAUUAGAAAGUGCAGAGUUGGUGGAAAAGAAGCAACAUUAUUCCGAUCCAAAUAAAGCUAUCGGCGUUGUUCAGCAACAAAUUGAUCCAGGACACGAUGAAUGUAUUACAUUUUUCUUAUGCCUCAAACAUCAUAUCAUUUUCCUCCGAUUUUGUAAUGGUUCCAUCAAUGAAUUUCAAUUUAUUCUUUCCUUUCAACACGCAAAGUAUCGCAUUGUUCCAGCUAAGAUAAUUUGUACUGUUAAGAAUAAUCAAAACAAUAGAAGUUCUAGAAUUCUCACCUAAAUGUAUGAAUUAUGG